GAUCGCGUAGCUGACAAUAGCAAGACACAGCAACCGAGCAGCAGCGACAACAACAACAGUCAUCACUUAUAUCGUUUCCACAUUUAUGUAAACGAACCGAAAAUAAAAGAAAACCGAGUAAGAUAAAGAUAGAGCAAUAGACGUGUGACAGAAGAGAAACGCAGAGAUACAUUGAACACAGCUUAGGGAAACCGUUGAAGAGCAUUUUUUAUUUGGAUUUGGUGGUGAAUGUGAACCGAUUGCUUAACGAACUGUGUUAAAAGCGAUAUCAUCAAGAAAGAACAAGAAUAAGUUUUACUACGAAGCCAACAGCAACAAAAAUCUACACACAAAAAAAACCAGUAGAAAAGUAAAAAUAACGUAAUCAAGUGUGCGUGCACAUUGCGUCAUUUGUGUAACCAAAUCGGACGCAGCUCUGUGUCUCUUUACUUUCAUUCAGAACAUUAUAACACGUUUACUGGAAGACAGCUUGUUGAUACAACAAUUUGCUCACGAAAAAUCGUAGCUCCAACAAGUUGUCACACCGUACAAACGGGAACAAAGUUUGGUUCUUUCUUUUGUCUUGCUUUUUUUUGUCGUCUGGUGGUAUUUAGUAAAAAAAAGAAACGGACGGGCAGUUUGAAACAGAAAUCCGAGGAGUAUUGUUUCCUUCCGAUUUCUGUCUAUGUUCAUUUCAGUAUUGUUGAAUAAAAAGUGUCAUUGUUGAAGUGAUUUUGUGUGUUUAUGCAAAUUAUUUGAAUCACAAAACCAACUCAAAUGUGUUGCGGGCAAUAUUUUUUUGAAAUUGACCAAAUUGACAAAUAUGAAUACACUAAAACAUUGAAUUGAGUCAAAACAAGUGUGCAGAUGUGCUGGUUUCGUCAUCGUUGAUAUUUUUUUCGUCUCAUUUUGGAAACUGUUCAACACAUCCAUUGCGCGAUCUCGUUUUGAAUGUGACUCGAAAUUAAUUUGGACAAAUCACAGAAUGAACUGAAAAAAAUAACGAACAAUGUGCUUGGGUGAAAAUAUUCGGGGUUGCUAUUGCUGUAGAUGGACGAGACACAACGAUGACGACGAUGAAAACACCAAAUACAUCAGUAGCGAUAAUGAAAUCAUUGUAAUCGAGCGCCGCUAUGGAUGCUAUCGCUUGGGUGUAUUCGCAUCGAUAAUUAUCGUGCUGCUGCUAAUUUUUGGCACAAUUCCAGUCACACUUACCGUCAAAAAUAAUCGAAUCCUGUUGAUUUGCUUAUGUAGCACAUUAGUCGUCGUUACAAUUUUAUUAUCUCUGUUUAUUGUGUGGCAGCAAAAGCAGGCCAAACGUCAAAGGGAGCACAGCACGCGACCGUACAUCAUGCAAAAACAAAAUAAGAAUGCCAUGUAUACAUCUGUGCCAACGUCGCCAUCAGCCCGAACAUCAUGGAUGUUUUGGCAGACGAACAAAAAUGACUAUGUUGAUCAUCCGUUAAGAUGUCCGUCAAUAAAACAUCAUCCAACAAAAAUCUCAUCUCUGCAAGAGGUAUCCGAGGCGCCGCAGUACACGACAGUCGUUUAACGCAAUUUUUAUGUAUUAUUUACAAAUUAUAAAGUCAAUUCGCAAUAAGAAGAAAAAAAGACGAAAUAAAGAAAGAAGAAAAACCCGAAAAUUUUGACCUUUUUUCCGUA